CUUUCUCUCGUCAUCAUUCUGCGACAUCUCUACUAGCGCUAUAAAGACCACAACAUAAACUCCCAAACAAAUUAAACGUUGCUGAUUGCAUGUCGAUCGUAAAAAAUCGAUGUUGACACGUAGCCAUACCAGGCCACCCUGCAUAGUGCUGUUCUUUGAGCGCGGUUGGGAUGGGCCAGCAGAUCUCAGGCCAGGCGGUGAUGACCCGUCUACCUGAGAAGCUGGUGAAGCAUGCUGGGCUGGUACGCGAUAGCGGCUAUCUCAACUACGAGGAGUUCCUGGCCAGGGUGGCAGAGCUCAAUGACGUGACGGCUAAGCUAGCAGCUGGACAGCAAAAACACCUGAUCUUUGAAGUCCAGACUGGCUCGGACACCUCUGCUCUGUGGAAAGUGGCUGUGAGGAUAGUUUGUACCAAGAUCAACAAAGAGAAUGGGAUGGUGGAAGCGUCUCGCAUCAUGAACCUGUAUCAGUUCAUCCAGCUGUACCAUGACAUCACCAGUCAGGCAGUGGAGGUGCUGUCAGCAGAGGGCGCCAGCCUCCCGUCUGGAACCCUCUCGUCAGUGGACUCCUGCCAGGCCAGCAUGUGGAUGGGCAGGGUGAAGCAGUUAACUGAUGAGGAGGAGUGCUGUAUCUGCAUGGAUGGUAAAUCUGACCUCAUUCUGCCCUGUGCUCACAGCUUCUGUCAAAAGUGCAUUGACAAGUGGAGUGGGCAGAGCAGGAAUUGUCCGAUAUGCCGCUUGCAAGUGACCGCUGCCAAUGAGUCGUGGGUGAUGCCUGAUGCCCCGACAGAGGACGACGUAGCUGGCUAUAUCCUCAACCUGGCUGACGAGGCAGGCCAUCCGCACAUACCUUAAGCUACUCAACACUAAGACACUUUGAUUAACCACUGACAUCAAGAAUAGUUCGGGAAAGGGUUUGGAGUUUUUCGCCAGGUUUUGGGGGUAUGUAGAGAAGAUGGGUUGCUUUAUAGGUAUUUGCCGGUUGUGAUUAUUUCUUUUUGUUCUUUCUUUUCCAUAUUUCAAGAUUACUUUUACAUGAUUGCUCUUAAACUUGUGUGUGUGUGUAUAUACAGUGCCUUCGAAAUGUAUUCAGCCCCCUUGACUUUUCCCACAUUUUUGUUACGUUAGUCUUAUUCUAAAAUUUGUGUGUGUAUAUUUUUAUUUUUUUAAGUCCUCACCGAUCUGCACACAACUCUUAAUGAAAACAGGUUUAGAAAUUUGAGGUGGCUAUAAGUUAAAAAACCCUGAAAUAUCACAUUUACACAAGUAUAAGACUCGAAAUUGAGCUCAGGUGCAUCUUGUUUCCAUUGAUCAUCCUUAAUGUUUCUACAACUUGAUUGGAGUCCAACCUGUGAUGGAUUCAAUUGAUUGGACAUGAUUUGGAAAGGCACACAUCUGUCUAUAUGCAUGUCAGAGCAAAAACCAAGCCAUGAGGUUGAAGGAAUUGUCUGUAGAGCUCAGAGACAGGAUUGUGUUGAGGCACAGAUCUGGGGAAGGGUACCAAGACAUUUAUGCAGUAUUGAAGGUCCCCAACAACACAUUGGCCCCCAUCAUUCUUAAAUGGAAGAAGUUUUGAACCACCAAAACUCCUAAAACUGAGCAAUCGGGGGAGGACGGCCUUGGUCAGGGAGGUGACCAAGAACUCGAUGGUCACUGACAGUGCUCUAGAGUUCCUCUGUGGAGAUGGGAGAACCUUCCAGAAGGACAAACAUCUCUUCAACACUCCACCAAUCAGGCCUUUAUGGUAGAGUGGCCAGACGAAGCCACUACUCAGAAGUCACAUGACAGCCCACUUGGAGUUUGCCAAAUGACACCUGAAAGACUCCAGACCAUGAAAAACAAGAUCCUCUGGUCUGAUGAAACCGAGAUUGAACGCUUUGGCCUGAAUGCCAAUCGUCACGUCUGGAGGAAAGCGGGCACCAUCCUUAUUGUGGUGGCAGCAUCAUACUGUGGGGAUGUUUUUCAGCGGCAGAGACUGGGAAACUAGACCGGAUCGAGGGAAAGAUGAAUGGAGCAAAAUGUAAAGAUCCAUAUGAAAACCUACUCAGGCCCUCAGACUGGAGAGAAGGUUCACCUUCCAACAGGACAAUGACCCUAAACGCACAGCAAGACAAUGCCGGAGUCCCAAUGUCAAGUGGCCCAGCCAGAGCCCGGACUUGAACCCGAUUGGACAUCUCUGGCGAGAGCUGGAAAUAGCUGUGCAGCAAUGCUCCCCAUCCAACCUGAAAGAGCUUGAGAGAAUCUGCAAAGAAUGGGAGAAUCUCCCCAAAUACAGGUGUGCCUAGCUUGUAGCAUCAUACCCAAUAAGACUCAGGGAUGUAAUUGCUGCCAAAGGUGCUUCAACAAAGUACUGAGUAAAGAUUCUGACAACUUAUGUAAAUGUGACAUUUCAUAAUUUUUAGGAAUUAGCAAAAAUGUCAACUGUUUGCUUUGUCGUUUAUGGGUUAUGAUUUGGAAAGGCACACGGGACAAUUUAAUCAGUUUUAGAAUAAAGCUGUAACCUAACAAUGUGAAAUGUCUGAGUACUUUCUGAAGGCACUGUAUAUACAGUACCAGUCAAGUUUGGACACACCUACUCAUUCAAGGGUUUUCCUUUGUUUUUACUAUUUUUUACAUUCAACUAUGACAACACAUGGAUUCCUGUAGUAACCAAAAAAUAAAUCAAAAUAGAUUUUAGAUUCUUCAAAGUAGCUACCCUUUGCCUUGACAGCUUUGCAAACUCUUGGUGUUCUCUCAACCAGCUUCACCUGGAAUGCUUUCCCACAUAUGAGUUCCCACAUAUGCUAAGCACUUGUUGGCUGCUUUUCCUUCACUCUGUGGUCCAACUCAUCCCAAACCAUCUCAAUUGGGUGGAGGCCAGGUCAUCUGAUGCAGCAUUCCAUCACUCUCCUUCUUGGUCAAAUAGCCCUUAUAUAACCUGGAGGUGUUCCUGUUGAAAAACAAAUGAUAGUCCCACUAAGCGUAAACCAGAUGGGAUGGCGUAUCGCUGCAGAAUGCUGUGGUAGCCAUGCAGAUUAAGUGUUCCUUGAAUUCAAAAUCAAUCUGUCACCAACAAAGCACCAACACACCACCUCCUCCAUGCUUUACGGGGGAACCACAUGUGGAGAUCAUCCGUUUACAGAUUUCCACUGGUCUCAUGUCCAUUGCUCGUGUAUCUUGGUCCUAGCAUGUCUCUUCUUCAUAUUGGUGUCCUUUAGCAGUGGUUUCUUGGCAGCAAUUCGAACAUGAAUGCCUGAUCACGUAGUUUCCUCUGAACAGUUGAUGUUACUGUUACUCUGUGAAGCAUUUUAUUUGGGCUGCAAUUUCUGAGGUGCAGUUAAUGCUAAUGAACUUAUCCUCUGCAGCAGAGGUAACUGUCUUCAUUCCCUGUGGCGGUCCUCAUGAGAGACGGUUUCAUCAUAGUGAGUGGUUUUUGCAACUGCACUUGAAGAAACGUUCCAAGUUCUUUACAUUUUCCAGAUUGACUGACCUUCAUAGCUUAAAGUAAUGAUGGACUGUCAUUUUCUCUUUGCUUAUUUGAGCUGUUCUUGCCAUAACAUGGACUUGGUCUUUUACCAAAUAGGGCGAUCUUCUGUAUACCACCCCUACCUUGUCACAACACAACCGAUUUGGUUCAAACACAUUAAUAAGGAAAGAAAUUCCAUAAAUGAACUUGCAUUCCAGGUGACUACCUCAUGAAGCUGGUUGAGAGAAUGCCAAGAGUGUGAAAAACCCUGGAAUGAGUAGGUGUGUCAACUUCUGACUGGGGUGUGUGUGUACACACUCUCCACAAUAAUAUAUAAACCAAGCACAUUGUUUCGUUAUACCUACUCUUAUAAUUGCACUUUGAAUAGUAGUAGAUGUUUUUAUAGGCACCUCGAACUGCUGUGGAAAUGUCCAUAAAUCACUAAUCACACAACUUCUGUACAUUUCUUUUUUACAUUUUGAAAUCCUAUAACACACUGAAUGGUUUGCUAUUUGAUGAAAUGUGAAAAUUUAAGUACAAUAAUCUCAUGGAUGCUUCAGCCACGAUACUCUUUAUAUUUUCUCCUCAAUUUUAGAUGAGGUGAUAUCUCCCCAAAAAUGUAACUUUUAGUUUAAAUAUGAAUCAGUAAAACAAAAUGUCAUCGUUUAUCAAAAUAAUUUCUAUAUCAUGGGUACUUAAGCAAGGCCAGUGAAUUGGAUGUUUUAAAUAUUUAACUUUUUAUUACGUGUGAGGCUGAGUGAAUGUUAAAAUAGUACUACAUAAUAUAUUUGGAAUGUGUUAUUCCCAUUAGGGAACUGAAGAUUUGAGCUGUAUGUACUUUACUCAUGACUGGCUGGUACUAUACUGAACAAAAAUUUAAACGCAACAUGUGAAGUGUUGGUCCCAUGUUUUCAUCAGUUUAAAUAAAAGAUCCCAGAAAUUGUCCAUAUGCACAAAAAGCUUAAUUCUCUUAUUUUGUGCACACAUUUGUUUACAUCCCUUUAGUGAGCAUUUCUCCUUUGCCAAGAAAAUCCAUCCACCUGACAGGUGAGAUAUAUCAAGAAGCUGAUUAAACCAUGAUCUGUACACCGGUGCACCUUGUGCUGGGGACAAAAGGCUACUCUGAAACGUGCCGUUUUUCUCAAGUUUUGAGGGUGCAUGCAACUUGCAUGCUGACUGCAGGAAUGUCCGCCAGAGAAUUUAAUGUUCAAUUCUCUACCAUAAACUGUCUCAGUCCUUUUUGAUAAUAUGGUAGUACAACCACAGAUCACCUGUAACCACGUCCAGGACCUCCACAUCCGGCUACUUCACCUGCAGGAUUGUCCGAGACCAGCCCCCAGGACAGCUGAUGAAACUGUGGGUUUGCGAAAGUGCCGGCAUAAGCUAUGGACAACGAACACAAUUGCAUUUUAUCGAUGGCAAUUUAAAUGCACAGAUACCGAGAUGAGAUCUCAAAGCUCAUUGUCUGCCGCCAUCACCCAAUGUUUCAGCAUGAUUAUGCACAGCCCCAUGUCGCAAGGAUAUGUGCACAAUUCCUGGAAGCUGAAAAUGUCCCAGUUCCUGCAUGGGUCAAAUCAUCCUUCUUUGACAGCAUGGCCAAUGUUGAAUGUUUUUAAUUUAAAGCUUGGAAAAGAGACCCUUAAACCCAGACUUGGGACCACACAGCCACUCCACUGAAUAGCAGGCUAGUGAUUGCUUUGCAAUGCUUGCAGUUAGCCACUGAUUCCUUCAAUUCACUGAAUUUGUGAUUUCCAACUUGUUGUGUAAUCUUUUUAUGUCCAAUGACUGUUGAGUACCGAUAUGUUUUAUCUAUAAUUUCUCUUCAUAUGACAAGGAUUAAAAAGGAUUUGCCAGUAGAUUGUCGACUUAAUUCAUGAUGUUGACUGCUAGCUAAGAUUUUCAAAGUAUGAUGUUGACAUGAUCAGUCCAAUCAAAGCUACUGUAGAUAUGUGAUUUGAUGUAAUUUUAUCUGUGGCCAAUGACCUUGAGACUUCUUGGAUGGGCACUUCUAAUGUAACUAUAUGGCAGCACCCAAGGGGCUUGAAUUUUCUUGCUCUCCCCACUGAGCCAAUCACAGCGCAACGCUCCGUAUUUUCUGCUGGCUUGCCCCACCACAGAAAGCAUUUGGCUAGGCUGAAACACCUGCAUUUUGGAGCUGCCUUACUCAAGAAAACAAAAAAAGAGACCAUGUUUGUAUUCCUUAUAUUAAGCAAGCCAGACUGCACAAAUUCUUUUUUUUAAUGUACGUAUUGCCAGGGGCACACUCCAACACACUUAGACAUAAUUCACAUUAAGCAUUUGUGUUUAGUGAGUCUGCCAGAUCAGAGGCAGUAGGGAUGACCAGGGAUGUUCUCUUAAGUGUGUGAAUUGGACCAAAAUGUAACUUUUGGAGGUCAGGGAAAAUGUAUGGAGUGAAAAGUACAUUAUUUUCUUUAGGAAUGUAGUGGAGUCAAAAAUAGUCAAAAAUAUCUAUAGUAAAGUACAGAUACCCUCCAAAAAGGACUUAAGUAGUACUUUACAGUAUUUUUACUUAAGUACUUUACACCACUUAAAUAAACCAAUACCAUUGGCUAAUAAAGAAUUCACAUUUUGCAUAUAUAUGUAUUUUGUCUUCUAUUAUAUUAAAAGAGUGUUGACAACU